ACAGCCUGCUGCUGCAGCAAGCAGUCGGGGCUUAAACCUGAGCCCUUUGUACACAUCCCCACCCACACAGACACAAGGAGGAGAGGGAAAACAGCCAGUCCCUUCAACACUCAGCCAUGAGUAGCAUCGGAUAUGACCCCUACUAUGCCUCUUCGUUGUACAAACACCUGUAUGUCGAGCCUGCACCUCGGGUGGUGGUAAGAGGGAGAUCCCAUGCCGGUUACUCUUCCCGUGCAUCCCCACUAUCUUCCUCCCGUCUGCAGUACUCCUCUCCCAGUCGGGUGACAUUCUCCUCUUCCUCCCCGGCCGCUUCCCUGGAGCGGGAGCUCAGCCAGGCGGCCCAGAUCAGCUCCGACUUCCGAGCCGUACGCACACAGGAACGCAGCCAGCUGCAAGACCUUAAUGAUCGCUUUGCAGGCUUCAUCGAGAGGGUGCGUGAGCUGGAGCAGCAGAACCGUGCUCUGGAGGCCGAGCUGCUGCUGCUAAGGCAAAGGCACGCUGAGCCAUCCCGUCUCAGGGCAUUAUAUGAGCAAGAGGCCAGAACUCUGAAAGCAGCUGUUGAUGAAGCAAGGGCAGAGCAGCAGACUGUCCUGGGCCAGAGGGAGAGGCUGGAACAAACCCUGAACUCACUGCAGGGUCGAUAUGAGGAGGAGAUGUUGGCUCGGGAAGAAGCUGAGGGCAAGUUGAUGGAGGCCCGUCGCGAGGCUGAUGAGGCCGCUUUAGGAAUGGCUGAGCUGGAGAAAGGUGUUGAAACCCUACUGGACGAACUGGCCUUCCUUAAGAGGAUUCAUGAGGGGGAGGUGGCUGAACUUCAGGCGCAGGUCCAGCUGGGGGUCCAGGUAGCGGUUGAAUCUGAAGCCGCCGCUCCAGAUCUGUCUGCUGCUCUCAGGGACAUCCGGGCCCAGUAUGAGAGGCUGGCUGCAAGGAACAUGCAGGCAGCUGAGGAGUGGUUUAGGGGAAAGGUGGGCUCCCUGACGGAAACUGUGGCUCAGCACAGCAGUGCAGUGAAAAGUUCAAAGGACGAAGCAGGAGAGUACCGGCGCCAGCUGCAGGCCCGCAUACUGGAGAUUGAUGCAUGCAAAGGCCUCAAUGUAUCUCUGGAGAAGCAGCUGCACGAGAUCGAGGAGAGGCAGAGUGCAGAGAUAGCUGCUAUGCAUGACACAAUUGCAGAGUUGGAGAAUGAGCUGAGGGGCACUAAACAGGAAAUGGCACGCUACCUUAAGGAGUACCAAGACCUGCUGAAUGUCAAAAUGGCCCUGGAUAUCGAGAUCGCAGCAUACAGGAAGCUUUUGGAAGGGGAAGAGUCUCGCUUCAGUGUGGGAGUGACUGGCGGCGUGGCCUCCCUGUACAGCCACACCUUGGCUGCACCCUCCUUCACCCGGCCCAUCCUCUCCAGCCUGAGCUCCGGCACCUCUUACCUGAUGACCUCCCGUCUGCUCAGCUCCAGCACUGCUGAGGGUGUAAUCUCUGCCAGCCACGCCCAGCAAGCAGAGGCCAGCCCUCCUGCAGAAGAAGAAGAGGAGGAAGAGGAGGCCGAGGAGGUAAAGGAAGAAGAGCAAGAGGAGCAGAAGGAAGAGGGAGGAGAGGAGCAAAAAGACGAAGAAGAAGAGGAAGACGGAGAGGAGAAAAAAGAAGAAGAGGGAGAAAAGGAGGAGGAGGAGAAACAAGAGGAAGAAAAGCAGGAUGAAGAGACUAAAGAGAGAGAGGAUGAGGAGCAAAAAGAAGAGGCUGAACAGGCUACUGUUGCUGAGAGAGAAAAAGAAGGAGGUGAAGCUGAGGACAAACCAGAAGCAGAAGAGGAGGAAAAAACAGGAGGAGCAGAGGAUGAAGAUGAGAAGGCCAAAGAUGAAGAGAAAGAGGAGAAAGGAGAUUCUAAAGAGAGUGAAGAGAAAGAGGAGAAAAAAGAAUCUAAAAAGGGUGAGGAGAAAGAAGAUAAGGCAGAUGCCAAGGAGGACAAAGCUGAUGUCAAAGAUGUCAAAGAAGCUGUUCCAAAGAAAGACGACAAGGAUGACACCAAAAAGGAGAAAGUUGAAGAAAAAACAGCCAAACCUGAGCCUGCUGAAGAAAAAAGCACAAAAGGUAAAAAGUGAAGUCAGCACACAUUGGUUGCGACAGUCCAAAUCAGAGCUCAAUAAUCAGAUAAGACAUCAGCGCUGGCAAUCCUGCUUGGUAACAUGGUGCUCAAUAACACAAUCUGAUAGCUAUUUACAGCAACGAAUCAAGCUUAACUGCUUUCUAAUAUCAAGAAGAAACUAUAAAGGUCUGACUGCACAGUUCCUCAUGUCUGUGAGAUGUAUAACUGCUGAAUGAUACAUUGAAUGUUUGUGUUUUGGUUGAAUAAAUAAAGAAUGAUUCUUGAA